GAACUUGGACUCUGCUGCUGGAUUUUGUAUGGAUUUUUUUCAACCUUUGGGAGGACAGACCCGGGCGUCCGCCCCUAGACCGCACUGAGCGACCGAAGCGGGUGGGGGGAAACGUCGCCAGAGGCUGCCGGCAGAGAUGGCCGAGAAUUGGAAGAACUGCUUCGAAGAGGAGCUCAUCUGCCCUAUUUGCCUGCACGUCUUCGUGGAGCCGGUCCAGCUGCCCUGCAAGCACAACUUCUGCCGGGGCUGCAUCGGGGAGGCGUGGGCCAAGGAGUCGGGCUUGGUGCGGUGCCCGGAGUGCAACCAGGCCUAUAACCAGAAGCCCAACCUGGAGAAGAACCUGAAGCUCACCAAUAUCGUGGAGAAGUUCAACUCCCUCAACCUGGAGAAGCCCCCCUCCGUCUUGCACUGCGUCUUUUGCCGCCGGGGCCCGCCGCUGCCGGCCCAGAAGAUCUGUUUGAGGUGCGAGGCCCCGUGUUGCCAGUCCCACGUCCAGACCCACCUGCAGCAACCCUCCACGGCCCGGGGCCAUCUCCUGGUGGAGGCAGACGACGUGCGGGCCUGGAGCUGCCCCCAGCACAACGCCUACCGCCUGUACCACUGCGAGGCCGAGCAGGUGGCCGUCUGCCAGUUCUGCUGCUACUAUAGCGGGGCCCACCAGGGACACUCGGUCUGCGACGUGGAGAUCCGCCGCAAUGAGAUCAGG